GGGGGAAAGAUGUUGGUGCGAUGCUACCGGGCCAGACUGUCGGUGUGGGCCGUACUGUGCGUGCUGGUGCUCUGCUGGUUCUACGUGUACCCCGUUUACAGACUCCCCCGUGAUAAGGACAUAGUGGAAGAGGUGCUGAGGCAGGGGGAGGCAUGGCAGAAGAACCAGACGGGCAUCGAUUUGUACAGGAAGUUGCUGACGGAAUGCUGCGAUCCGAAGCGGAUGUUUGCAGUAACAAAAGAGAACUCGCCGAUGGGGAAGGUCCUGUGGUACGAUGGCGAGUUUUACCACUCACACACAGUCAACAACGAGACCUACUCGCUCUUUGUGCAGGACAACCCUCUGCAGCUGCCCCUGAAGAAGUGUGCGGUGGUGGGCAACGGUGGCAUCCUCAGGCACAGCAAGUGUGGACGGGACAUCGACCAAGCCGACUUCAUCAUGCGGUGUAACCUUCCACCGCUCUCAAAGGAAUAUGUGGAGGAUGUGGGAACCAGAACACAUCUGGUCACAGCCAACCCCAGCAUCAUAGAGAAAAGAUUUCAGAACCUCCUGUGGUCAAGAAAAGCUUUUGUGGACAGUAUGAAGGUGUACGGCUCCAGCUACAUCUACAUGCCGGCGUUUUCCAUGAAGCCUGGCACCGACCCGUCGCUGCGGGCGUAUUAUGCGCUGGCCGACACCUCCUCCAACCUCACCAUGCUCUUCGCUAACCCCGAAUUCCUGCGCACCGUGGGCAAAUUUUGGAAAGCCCGCGGUGUGCAUGCCAAACGCCUCUCCACGGGGCUCUUCCUGGUCAGCUUGGCCCUGGGGCUGUGCGAGGAAGUGACGGCCUACGGCUUCUGGCCAUUUUCCGUCGGCCUGGACGAGCAGCCGGUCAGCCACCAUUACUACGACAACAUCCUGCCCUAUAAGUGGUUCCACGCCAUGCCGGAGGAGUUUGUGCAGCUUUGGCACCUGCACAAAAGCGGCACGCUGCGCAUGAGGGUGGGACACUGCCCCGCUCAGGAAGGAGGGACUUAGACCGCCUUGAGGAGGGAAGAGAUAGUGGUCGGCUGAUGCUUAGAGGAGGAAAAUGAAGACAUUUGGUUUGUCAGGAAGGUGUCAUGGUGAAAUAAAUGAGUGCACAUAGUUCCUCUGAGAAUCCUUGGUGUCUAUAAACACUCCCGCUGUACCCCCAGCUAAUCCCUAAUUAUCAUGAGAAUGUCCUCCACCCAAACCAGCCACAUCAGGGCCAGAAUACACAGAGACACAUGCAGGCACACACAGUGUAAAAUAUUCAUACAUUCCCAAAACCUGCCAUAUAGCUACCCUCAUGUGUGUGCAUGGAUGUGUGCUUUUAUGGAAGGCAUCAGCUGGGACUAAUAAUUGUGAAAGUGUGUGGGGGAUGGAUUUUGUGUGCUGACUACUGUAUCUGACUGACAUAUGGGGCAGCUGGACCAAACCGCCCUCGGGGUCUUUGUUAAACAGAGACAGAAGGAGUGGAGGACCGGGGGGAAUAAUAAAACGCACUGAAAGACUUGCAAGAUGCAAGAAACGGGGGAGAGAUAAUGGCGUCCUGGUACCUAGUAGCUUGAAUAGAUGUGAAAUUUAAUGCACGGAGAAAGAAAAGAAUGGCAGGGGGGAGAAGGGACUGAAAGCUGACUGGUAUGUGUAUGAAAGGAUUUUUUUUUUCUCUGCUUUUCUUCAACCAAGCGCUUGAUUGGCAUUCUGUAGUGCCAAAUAGAGCUUUAGUUCAGAGAAGGAGCCAUUAGAAAUGGAGUCUUAAGUACUAUACCCGCUAGAAUGUUUAGCCAAGUUGCAUUUUUAACACGAGUACACCCUGAGUGUAUUGUUUUUGUUUGCCAAAUGUGAUUUUUUUUUUCAGGAAUAAUGUGAAUUUUGUUUUAGGUACAUCAUCAAGGGAGAAAACAUUAUCAACAUACAUAAUCAGAAAAGGACAUUUGCUGCGAAAACACAUAGGUACCUCACCUUUCAUGUUGCUGUCAGUGAGUGACUCUUUGGUACAAUUCAAUCACUGGCAGGUUCCUUAGAUAAGAAACAGCCUAACCCACUUCUUUCGAGGUUCUGCUGGAAGUCAUCUCUUGGUAACUGUACUAUACUCGUCAAGUGCCAAGCCAAGGGAACAGUGGUCUCUUUCAUACGCAGUCUUGCGCUGCUCUUGUGCUCUGAGAUGACAAGACACUGAUCUAAACUGAGACAGUGACAGAAAAAGACAGAGGACUCCAUGUCACAAAGUGGCAUUUUAAUCUUUUGUUUUUAGAUGCAGAACACCUUGUAGGGUAAAUUGUGAUUUGUUCAUGUAAUUAUUAUCACUUUGCGUCGGAGCACAGGAGUAACUGAGCCUGUCUUAUGCUCCAGUUAAAGGUUUUUUUUGUUUGUUUUGCAUUUUUAUUUGCACAAGGGAAAAAUAACUUGCUCGUGUAGAAGCCAAGGCAACAGAUAGAUGGUUUUUUUUUAUACUUGCAGGCCUUGCAGCGGGAAAACAAUGUACUUGAUUUGAUUUCUUUAAAAUGUUAUCUAAGAGUGAUAAAUGUGACCGUGCCAUAAUGUCGAUAACAAAGGACGACUCUGCAUGGAAAGUGCAUGGAGUGUACCACAAUCCUUAAAAAUACUCCUCAAACUCAAGGUACAGAACAUGUUUAUAGGUUAGUGCUUUAUGGUCUUAUCUACUCUGUCUGUUAAACUGAACAAGGUCCAGUGCCUUUAUGAUGCAUUAAGGCAAAAAGAAUCAUUGAAACGAGGGAUAUUUCUAAUGAUCUUCUGUGUUUGAUUUCCUUGGCUCGUCUUCGGGUCACUCGUCAAUGAUAUCAAUAAUCCCUGACGUAAAAUUAACUUACAGCGAACACACAGCUGGGCCAAGCUAUAAAGUGAAACAAAAUCAAGUUUUGUCCAGUCCAAAUGCACAUGAGGCUCUUCAAGACUGGGAACUGAACUUUAUGAACACUUUGACCAAUUCAUUUUACUACUUCUACUUUCUCUUGUGAUGUUUCUUAUUUGCACCUUGAUUUUUUCCUGUUUUGUCUCCUGCCCAGUAUUGUGAAUGAGUGAGAUGUGACAUAGUGUGAAUUUUCAGUAAGCAUGAUGGUUUUUAAAUGUGUAUGUGCUUUUGGUACACAGAUUUUUUAUAUAUUUUCAUUAUGUUCUGAUCCGUGCCCCUCAUUCCAUGCUAUCUGAGUGCUCAGCUGAGAUCUCUCGUGGAAAGGGAAGUGAAUCUGUAAUGUAAAUAUUGGUCCAUUAGCAAAAAUGACCAGUUAGUUUUAGAUCCCCAUUUAAAAGUUUUUCAGAAGCUACUUUACUGAGCUCAAGUUCAAGCUCAAGCUCACAUAUCAUCUGCAACCUGCGAGUCAGCAUUUAAAACUCUUGACGUCAUUGAUUCUGUUAUUGAUACAGCGCAGAAGAACAUAUAAGAGCAACGUUGUUACCAUCAGCAACGAGGGCAGCAUAUUGUUAACAAUUAUUUCUCAUUAGCAUUCCACUCACAGGUUUCAUAUCAAGUCAGGAAAUAUGCAGAUUUAUUUUCUUUCUCUUGUGUUUGUGGAUUAAAUUUGAAGCUACAGCAAGCGGACUAACUGCGCAGUUUAGCGUCCAGCGACAACCCUCCCCUCAAAAACCACAUCUUGCCAAUUUUACACUCCAUACACAAUAAACAAAAAAGAUAUUUUUUUCGACCGACCACACUAGCAGCCCUGGAGGGUCAGGUUAGCUGUUUUCAGUCUUUAUGCUAAGCUAAGCUAACUUACUGCCAGCUGUAGCUUCACAUUUAGGAUACGAGAGUGGUAGUACUAUUUACUGUUUAUUUAAAGAUGCCAGCGAAAAGCAAGAAAGAGAAAUGGAACAGACCAAAAUAGAGCAUGGCAUACACACAAUGGCAGCAUUGUCGUCUACUGUCUUUCCUGUCUCUGGCCAACUUCUCAUAUUCAUCGGUGUACAGUAUGUGCAACCAAUUAGUUAGGUUCUGGUCAUGGAAAGGUCACAUGUUCCAUCACCACAGCGACCACAUGAUCAGCCUGCUAGUGUCCUGAAAGCAGACGUUCCACUGCUGUGUGAUUACAAAAUGAAACCUGCCACUGUGUGUGUGUCAAACUAUUAGUUGUGUAACCUCCUGAUGAUCAUGUCUUAUACUUUCCAGUCCUGGUAGCAGGAAAACAACCAGUUGCUCAUGUUUAUGUCAGACUGCAGAGUCCCAAAUGUAGAUGUAAUUGCUUCAAACCAAGCUGUUCCGAUUGUGUGUCUUCACCUAAAAUGUGAGGGCAAACUGUGUCUGAAAUGAUAUGAUCAACUUAAUAUAUGGUGGGUCAAAUACCAUGAGAAAUGAUUUUGUUUUAAUCUGAUGAAACUUUUUAAUGUUUUGACAGAAAGUAUUAUCAAGUUAAUGCCACUAUGUGUUGGAUCCUUUGUGAUUUUAGCAUCUUUCAGAUUCUUCUAAUCACAUUUGUGUGUUGCUUUCAGCAUAUUAUUAGAAGGAUAGUGGCAUAAAUUUUGCUUUUUUGAUGUGAAUUUUCAAAUUCACAAUGCAUAGUGGCUUUAAAUCCCAAACAAAUAGUGAAGGAUCAAGUAUAUUUUAUGUUAAACUAUUCAUUGGUUAAACACAUCUUUAGUCGUAAAUCAUGUUAAAACGAAUAAUCAAAUGUAAAUACAGUUUGACCCAAGUUGGAUGAAUAUGGGUCCAGAGGGCUCAACUUUCCUACAUGUUUGAAUAUUUAAUGUUAUGCCAAGCUUUUUGUUUUAAACAUGUAAAUGUGCUUUAUUUGCUUUGACUGACUGAAUUUGAUACAAAAA